CGCUUACCGCCCACUGCCGACCCCCUCACUGGUCAUCGCCAAAGGAGGGAGGGACAAGGAGAGAGAGAGAGAGAGAGACCCCGCACGUCGCACCCUCCUCCCACACCUCUGCCAUGACGGAACUCUGAGCGCUGCGGAGAAACCCAAGGAAAGCCAGAAGGACGAGUGAACCCAGGCGAGAUCGGAGCACGUCGGUCAGCACCAGUCAGCCCGCGGACCACGACGAGGCGACAUGCAAGCGGUGGUCCGCCUCGUAGCCUUGGGGGCGGUGGUCCUCUCUGGGGUGGCGUCAGUGCCUGUGGAGUGCCCGCAGGAGUGCACCUGUCAGGAGGCACCACUGAGGGCCGCGUCCUUCGUACUCACCUGGAUGACGUCAUGGGGUGAGGACGACCUGCCGGAGAUCCACCCCAACGAGGUUGGUGAGGCGGCCGACUUGGUCAACUCAAUGACGGCGGCCAGCGCGGGCGUGGACGUGGACGCGGUUGGGCUGCACGCGACCUGCGCCCUCACGCGGGACACGAAUUUGACGGCCCUCCUGCACGCCCUGCCGCCCACAACCAUGGUGCUGACCAUACUGCAGGCGGCCGGGAGUGAGCUGACGGUGGUGGAGGCAAGACACCUGACGCCCCUGGCUGAGCUGCGGGCGCUGCACCUCCAGGGCUACGCCAGGCGGCAGGCCGUGCAGGUGUCCGGCUACUUCUCAAACCACGUGGAGGACAUGGUGAGACACAAAGAAAUGGCGAAGAAAGUGGACGAGGAAGACGAGCAGAACUUGCGGCUGGCCUUGUCUGAGGACGCCCUGACGCCCCUCACGAAGCUUCAGCUCCUCGACCUGCAGUACGUCCGGCUGGUAGGCGCCGUGGAGGGCGGGAGGCUGCGACGGACCGCCGAGCCGCUCUCCACCUCCACCGUGCUCGACAUGCCUCUCGCGUAUUUCCUUUCUCUGACUCAGCACUUGCAGGGCAUAGAUCUCCCCCCUCAGGUGCUGUCCAAGAUGUCGGGGUCACCCUCGGUCGCUGAGGAACAGUCGGAUGUGAACGUUGUCUUGCUGGACGAGGAAGAGGACGAGGUGGUGCCAUACGACGUUUUCAAGAUCGAGAACGAGGUGGUGUUGGCGCCCUUCACGGCACAGGUCGAACUGAAGUACCUCCGGCUGGCCCACGCGAAGCUGGACAACGUUGGACCUGAGCUGCUGACGGGACUGUCGGGGCUGCACACACUCACGCUGGAGCACAACCACAUCAAGGUCCUGCCCACCGCCAUGUUCACGCCCACCCCGCACCUACACCACCUCUCCCUCGCCCACAACAACAUCCUUACGCUGGAGGGCGACAGUCUGGCAGGCCUCGACGAGCUGCUCACGCUGGACCUGGACAGCAACAAGCUGGACAGGAUCGGUCCCGGCAGCUUUCCUCGCCUGCCGAAGAUGGCCACACUUCGCCUCCUGGGAAAUCCCCUCGAACACGUGUUUCCGUUUACCUUCGUGAACGUGAACUCGACGGAGACGCUGCUGUUGGGCUCCAGGGACGUGGCCGCCGAGAUCCACGUGGACACCUUCAGAAACCUCAAUUCACUUGAAGUCCUUCAGAUCGAGAACACCACCCUGCCUUCCCUGAGCCGCUCCCUGCUGGAGGGGAUGCCCAACCUCAAGGAGCUGACCAUCCACGGCCACGUCCCGUCCAUUGACUUCGACGCCUUCACGGCCACCGCCAACCUCGAAUCCCUCAGCCUGGACCACACGCACCUGUCCAGACUCUCCCUCGACGCGUUCUUCGGCCUCAGGAAGGUGCGACUCUUGGACCUGAGCCACAAUGACCUGAAUGAGCUUUCCCCCGGCACCUUCGACCACCUGGCCACCCUGCGGGAGCUGUACCUGCACCACAACAACCUCACCACCCUGCCGCCCGCCAUCUUCCUGCCCCUGCCCGCCAAGCUCAUCCAGGUGCACGGGAACCCCUGGCACUGCUCCUGCGACCUCCUGCAGCUGCGUCCCGCCCUCACCAAUAAGGUUCGGGCCAAGGGCUACACCACGUGCCGGUUCUUGGAGCGUUCAGGAAUGGUCUGCAGCGAACCCGACCCGCCACGCCUCCGCUACGACUCCCGCGUGGCCCCGCUCUGCGUCACGCCGGAACGCUACCUCCACAAGAGCGUCUUCAGGGUCACCGCGCGCCGCCUCAAGUGCCCCAAGCAUUUCUGGAACACCCGCCCCCUUGUGCUCCUUCCCAGUCUUCCUGUCCUCCCCGCAGAGCCUCGGGUGAACACUGAAGAGAAAGUGGAGACGCCGGUGGUGGAGGAAAACAGUUGGCAACCCCUGCACUCCUUCUCUGCUCCCCCGCACGAUGUGAAGGACUUGCUUGAUAUCGCUGAGGCCGAGAUGCCCGAGGAGGCCUACGCCCCACUCCCUGAAGGCGAAGAGGGACUGGACGCCGAGGAGGAAGAGAAGGAGCAGCAGGAGGCGGCGGCGGAGGUGGCAGAAAUCAUAGAGGAGGCCGAUGAAGACGUACAGAACAUGAUCCAUAUCCUUGAAGAAGACGACGACGUGCAUCCGUUCGACGUGGCGGAGCGGUUCGUCAGGCGGCAACAAGAGAGGUACAGACUGGAGAAACAAAUGAUAAAGAAGCAAAUGGCGGAAGAGCAGAGGAGACGAGAGGAAACAGUGCGAGCUAUGAAACAACGCCACUGGGAUAGGGUCGCAGAGAACAAACGGAGGCUGAAGGCCCAGAUGGCAGAGCCCCAACAGGGAAUUCGGGAGUUAGCGAAGGAGGAGAUGUACCGCACGAUGGGGUGACUGGCAGUAACAUCGGGGCCCUUUAGGUCAAGCAGCCGUCAUGGGUCACGGUUAUAAUAAAUACCAGCUACCUAUUUCAUUAUCUACGUCCUUCGCAUAGGUUAUUACUCGUUUUCACCUCCUCUCUCUCUCUCUCUCUCUCUCUCUCUCUCUCUCUCUCUCUCUCUCUCUCUCUCUCUCUCUCUCUCUCUCUCAUUCUCAGGUUAAUUCUACCCAUUUGUAUAGUCACUGUCCCCUUAUCAAGAAUGUUUAUGAUUGUGUGCGACAAAAUUGUAUCUAAAUUAUAUAUCGUAUUAUCCGUUAAUGCGAAAUGCAGCUCCAUGUAAUAGAUCUGACAUUGGUGCCGAAAAAAAACUUUGUUUAAUCUUACUGGAUGAAUCGAUGACACUUACGUAUCAGCUAUAAUAAAAAAAAGUAGCACUAAUCAGUUCCUGUAUGUUGGUAUGUGAGGUAGGCAUCGCAUUGUGUACAUAUAAAUACAAGAACUGAUAAUAAAAGAUAUCACUUGA